AUGGUUUGUUUGUUUUUUGUAUUAUCAUAUAAUAUAUUCCUUUUUAUGAUUGUUGUUUGUAUGUUAUGUGGUGCAUCUGUCAUUCGCUGCUGUUUUCUUGUUUUAGUUUUUUUUCGGCCUAGUAUGAGUAUAAGUGUUAACACAGAAUCUGUGAUAAUUAUAGGGAGUGGACCAGCUGCAUACUCUGCAUCUAUUUAUGCUUCUAAAUAUAAACCAUUGAUUCUGGCAGGGGAUUACACUAGUUCUACACAAUUCCCAGGGGGGCAGCUUACUACAACAACAGAUGUAGAUAAUUACCCAGGGUUUCCAUCUGGCAUAGCCGGGCCGGACUUGGCUAGUUUAUUUAAUAAACACGCACAGGAAUAUGCCCGUAUUCGGGAAUUAUGGGUUAAUUCUAUUUCACAGGAUGAGGGAUACUUUGUUUUGUCAACAAAAGAAGGAAUAUUCAGAAGUAAAGCAGUUAUUAUUGCGACAGGAUCUGUUGCUAAAAAGCUAAAUGCACCUGGUGUUGAUAAGUACUGGCAGAGUGGAAUCAGUGCAUGUGCCACCUGUGAUGGGUGGGCAUUUUCUGGCAGAGUGGUUGUGGUGAUUGGUGGUGGUGAUACAGCAAUGGAAGAAGUUCAGUACCUCUCACAAAUCGCAAGUAAAGUGAUUUUAGUGCACAGAUCAGAAACAUUCCGUGCUCGACCGGAUCUUUUAAGUAAAAUAAGAAAUCUGCUAAAUGUAGAAAUAAUUACAUGGAGUGUCCUUGUAGAAGCAAAGGGGGAUAAUACUUCUUUAAGUUCGGUUGUAAUAAAAAAUGUAAAGACAGAAGAAAUCACAGAAGUGGCGACAGACGGACUGUUCUUUGCAAUAGGGCAUGAUCCAUCCACGUCUUUUUUAAAGUCACUAGAACAAGAAACAGGAAAGAGAAUAUUAGCAAAUGAUAAUUACGUAUUAACAAAUAAGAAUUCUAUGCAAACAGAAAUAGAAGGACUCUACGCAGCAGGUGAUGUACAAGAUAAUAAGUACAGGCAGGCUAUAACUGCUGCAUACUCAGGAAUGGUGGCAGGGCAGUCUGCAACUGAAUGGUUAGAUGGGAAUAAAUAA